GGAGGAGCCGGACGGAAGUAGGCCCGAGCGGAAGCAGCGGGCAGCAGGUGGAGGGAGCACCUGAGUGGGCCGACCCGCCCGCCCGGUGGGUGACCGCGCUGGCCUGGGACCUGGCGGGGCCGGCCCGAGGCCCCGGAGACCCCGGGGACCCCGGGGAGGCCCUGGACGGGCCCCCGGUGCUGAUGCUGGGCGACCUGGAAAGGACCUGGGACGGGAAGCUGCAGUGCCCGUACUGCAGCUACGCCAGCGAGCGGACGGAGCGGCUGGUCGAGCACACCCGCAUGCACACGGGCGAGAAGCCGCACCGCUGCCGCCUCUGCCCCUUCGCCUCGGCCUACGAGCGCUACCUCGAGGCCCACAUGCGCUCGCACACGGGGGAGAAGCCGUACAAGUGCGAGCUGUGCGCCUAUCGCUGCAACUACAGAAGCAACCUGUCCCACCAUCGACGGCGCAGGCACAAGCUCUUGCCGCUGACCGCGCCCCGGGCCACCUUCACCGGCAUGAAAACGUGGGGGGGCCCGCAGGGUGAAAGCCACGUGGAGGAGGGCAAACGAGGGUUGCUCAUCGCCUUAGGUCCACCUUCCGUGGUCCUUCAGAAACCGGACUACCCCGGUGAUUUUAUGCACAGGGUCCCGAGUGUCCGGAACGACUUCUACGACAGUAUGGGUAAAGCCUCAGUGUGCGGGCUGCCGAGGGACCCCGAAGAACUCUUGCUUGUGGACAAUCCUUUGAAUCAGAUGUCUACUCUCGCAGGACGCUUGUCUAGGUUGCCACCUGAAAACCAAAACAUGGCCUCCCCUGACGGAGACUCCAGCCUGGAGGAAAAUCUUUUCAUGAUUCAACAUCCCUCUGCCCAAGGGAGGACCCCACAGAGCUCCCCCAUAGUCCUAGAGCCUCGACUCCCACCAUUUAGUCAGAGGGACUGCACUCCAUUUGCAGAGUCCAGCAGCCAGCCGAGCGGCCGCACUAGUACCUCCAUCUUUGGAAACAGCCAGCCAAGCACUCCGGCCCUAACCUUGCCGAUGGAGGACCCUCAGCUUCUUUACCAUUGCCAGCACUGUGACACGUACUUUGCAGACAAUGUCCUUUACACUAUUCACAUGGGAUGCCAUGGGUAUGACAAUCCUUUUCAGUGUAACAUAUGUGGACACAAUUGUAAAAACAAGUACGAUUUUGCCUGUCAUUUUGCAAGAGGCCAACAUAACUAGAGCCGAGAACAACCAACCUUAUCUUCACCCAGUUUAGCCUUUGGGGGUGAUUAUAGUUUGCUUUUGGUUACUCCUGGUAGGGCAUUUUCUAAUUUAAAGCUUAUUGUAAGAUAUAAAUUUGAUGGUGGAAA